AUGACUAUAAAGGCUUAUGGAGAAACUGAAGCCCAGAUUCGCGCUGAAUUAUUAGUAUUAGAAACUCAGGUAACUAAUUUAAAUAGUGAAGAAAUGGAAAGAAAUAAAGUAACAACCAAUGAAGAUCUUCAAGAUUCGUUAAGUGCUGAGCUAUGGGGAUCAUGUUCGAUACCUAACCAAGACAUUACUGAAGAUGAAUUCACUCACUAUAUGAAAGAACCAAUUGUUUAUAAAAAUCAUGAUCCAUUAAUAUAG